CAUUGGUACGAAUUUAGCAAGGAAGUGAUGCCAGAUAUUUUUCAAAUAAAUUAUGUGUAUUUAAGAAGAAAGUAGCUUAUUUAUUAGUGAAUUUAAAAGUAUUCAAGUAGAUUUCAAGUAUUUUUACGUUAAGAAUACAUAUACACGUCAUUUUCUUGGUAAAAUAUUUCCAUAUAUCAAUCAUCAAAAUAAUUUAGUUAUAUUCAAGUAAAGUGUAGGCAACCGUGGCGAAUAGUCAAUGGCGGCGGUGCAUAUAUGACAAAUGACAAUUUCGUGUGAAAUAAACAAAUUUUCUAGAUGGAUGAUUCUUUUUUUGGUUUCGACACAUCAGUACCGUACGAAGAUCAUGGGGCUAGUGGUCAAAUUGCUGAGCCUUCUGAAGAGGAGUAUGAUGCCCUUAACGAUGAAACAUUUGGAUCCGCCACUAAUGGGGAUUGGGAAGAAGCCCAUGAAACUAUGGUGCGGCUUACAGACUGCUCCGUUUCUGCUAGAUCCCACAAAGAAUCUUUAGAUGGUGUGCAACUAAUUAGUGGAAAGAUUGUAACAUCCUCUCAAGCUUCAUCGCCAUCAAAGGCAAAUAUCUCGCGUGGCCGUUAUGUAGAGAAGUUUGCAGAUUCGGAUUUGGAGUUAAAUCUAUCGGCAAUGAAGUUGGACGAUGUCGACUUGAGAUUCGACGAUAACGAAAGUUUAUCUGGAACAACUGGAAUAAAUUUGGAUCCUAGUGUUUGGGCUACAAAUCCUUUUAAAAGUUCGCACAUAGCAUUAGAUGGUAGUGAACAUUUAUCAAUAUUUCAAUCUAGAGAAAGAUGUUCAUUAAUUGGAAUGAAUGAUGUAAAUAACAGUGAAAAAAUUUUUCAACAAACACAAAAUGCAAAUCUUUUUGCGCAACAUAUACAGUUGGAGAAAAAUCAGUGCACAGAUAUAAAAAUGAUUCAAAGAGAAUUGCCUCACCACCUUGGCGGGGCAUUUGGCUUACCCUCAACUCCAAAAUUUUGUACUCUGGAAGAUAUUGAGAGAAAUAUUAUUAUUGAACAAAGUAUACGAAAAAAUCGCGAUAAUUAUUUACAACCCAAAGACCAACGAAAUCAGCAUCAUCAAAAUCAGAAACAGCAAAUUCAACAGCAUAUUAAUGACACUGUUAGACAGUCCUCAAACACAAACACACCUCCACCUCAAUCACAUCAUAUGCAGCAACAUCAAAUAUUACAUCAACAACUAAAUCAGUCAAAACCUCAAGUUCCACAAUUAAAAGGUCCGCCAGGUUUUCCUAAUCAAGGUCACCCAUUGAGACCAAACCCUAAUUUUGCAAAUAAUCUGACACAAAACCCUUUGGGUAAUUUAGUUCACCAACAGCAAACGGGUGGUGGUGGCAAUCGUCUUCCACCAGGAUUUUCUUUAUACUCAGCUGGAUUAAGCCCGCAUAUGCAGCAACAAAACAAUCAUCAGCUUCAUCCACAUCCUAUACUUAACCAGCAUGGAUUACCCCCCAAUUUUCCGAGACCACUGCCAAGCCCGCAUCUGCCAAUCGCUUUAAAUAAUUUUGCAAUGCAUCCCAAUUUUAAUGCAAUGCGUGCUGCUGCAGCUGUUGCUGGUAUCCAUCCGGCUUCUUUGGUACAAACGCCACAAGCCGCUCGUAUAACACCACAUCCUCCUAACUCAGCUGUCUUACUAAAUUCUCAGCAAUCGAAUUCUAUGUAUAAUAUGUUCAAUAUGCGUUUAGUUCAGGAAAUUCAACAAAACCAUCCUCUUUUGCAAAAUAUUGCACGUCAAACACAACAAGUACAACAAAAUAUUGGAUUAAACUCUCCACAAAAUCUUGUACAACAAAGGAUCAAUAUUAGUGGAAUUAAUAAGCCAAUCCAUCAACGGCGUGAUGGAGGAUCUGCAAACGGAAACUUGCCACAUGAAGAGUUUGAUGAAUAUGCGAAUUUAAUGAGUACACGCGACAAACAUUGGCUAAUAGGUAUACAGCUUUCGCAAUUGAACACGGAUACUCCCUACAUUGAUGAUUUUUACUAUACGGUAUACCGUGAAAAAAAAGCUAUCCUUAAUGGCAACCUGCGCCAUAGUCAAGCACAUAAAGACAACCAGUUAAAUCAUCCACUAACGCAACCUAAAGGUCACGCUCAGCUCAUUUUAGUUCAGCUCGGCAAUAAAAAUGGAACGCGGAAUGGUCAACAUCGCGAACGUCGUAAUUCAGAGAGUACCGGGACAGUUGGAAAUAAUAGCGGAAAUUUAGGAAACAUUCAAGAUCAAAAAACACCAUAUGUUUUUAGUCCACUAAAGUUUGAAAACUCGUUAGGUAAGUUACAGUAUGGAAGUGUAACAGCACCGCGUAAAAUAAUUGACGCUGAAAUUAUGGGAAAUGAAAAUGCAGUCAGUGGGGCUGGUGAUGGUAUCCCAAUUACUGGAAGUUGUAGUGGUACCAAUUCAUCCAUCCUUAAGUCAAACAUAACACCUGUAGCUCCUUUAACAAGUGCAAUCGGCGAUUUUACAUCAUCAGCUCAUCGUAAAUCGCGUCAUAUUUUGUUACACAUCGAAACCCUCUACCGUAUUGUUUUGAAAUUGGAGGAUUUAAAUAAUCCUACUGCAAUCGCUACCAUUAUAAUGAAAAAAAAGAAAGAAAGUGAGCGCAUAGCUACUUUAGAGCAGAUAGAAAAUGCUAGCAAAAGUCAAGAAGAGCGAAUAGCCGAAGCAUCUAAUCCAUCAACGGUGAAUUCUGCGUUGAAAAACAAAUUCACAUAUGAGAUUGAAAAGAAAGAAGCACUCGUGACAAAGCUAAUAGCUGGACUUUCACAAGAAGAAGUUGCAGCAAUUAUGAAUGUUCGCAAAGGAAAGACUCUGAUUCGGCGUAUAAUGACAUAUGUGGAAGCUUAUGACAUUCGUUGGACAAUUUGGAUGGGAGUUUUUUCUUCUUUGCAGAAUGUUAUAAAAAAAGAUAAGGAUGAUACUGAUGGCGUUUUAUAUGCACUUUAUCCUGAGUUUAGAAAGCAAGUGCAACAAGCAGACUUUGAAAUGAUUGUCAGAAUUUCAGUCUCUAUACCCCUAAGUGAAAAGAAAUUUAAUGGCAUAUUUUGUAGUAAGUUUGGGAUUUCAUCACUGGUUUGCCUGGUGUUGCAAGCUGAGCAUAUUUAUAUGUCCGGCAAUGAUAGUACCCUUACUGAUGGAAACAAGGGAAAAUGGCGCUAUUUCCUGGAUCAAGUUGCAACGUCUUUAAAUCGAACGAUUCAAAACCACACAGUUUGUGCAGAAAUCGAGUCAGAUUCAAUCCAACCGUUGAUGAAUCAUUUUGCACGUUUUGAGGAUCUAAAACUUGAUUCCCUAUUGGCACUUAUUACUGAGGCCAGACAGCAGAUUAACUAAAAAAGAUAUGGCGUGUAUAAGAAUUUAAAACAUAAACUUAUGAACGAUCGGAAAUGAGAUUGCAAAACCUAAAGUUAAACUAAAUAACUCACAUUCAUAAAAACUGUAACGGUAAACUGAAAAAUUUGUUAGAUAUUUGCAAAUUAUUCAGAAGGGUUUUAUGCAAAAGUAUGCACAUUACUAAAACUUCUUAGACUUUGACCUGUGGACAUGGCAACACUUGAAUGCAUAAUAUUGUUAAAAAUUAAAUUCCCAGGUUAACAACAAAUAUGGUCUUAUCAGAUAAGGCUUUUUUGGGCUGAUACAGCAGAAAAACUAACCGAUUGUGUAGUUUUGGCUAAGUAACUUUAUCUGGUAGAAGCCAAUGUUUUAUUUUUAAUACUGAGGAUCUGCUCUUCUGUUGGUCUUGAAUCCAUUUUUGAAUUAAAAUAGGUAUUUUUAUCUCUGUUUUUUCUUAAUUAAUAAAACCUUGCACUUUUAAUCUUUAACAGAUCUGUCACCAAUAUUGAAAUCAGCGACUUUAUCAAAACAACAUUUUUGUAGAUAUAUUGAAGAGUUUGUCAAUCUUUAGCUGACGAUUUAAAGUUUCAAAAAGAAAUAAUAAGAAUUUUAAAAUAAUUGUCCUUUUUUAUCAUUGACUUUAUGUAUAUUUAUGUUUUUUUUUGGUGUUUUGUAAAUAUUAAAAUAUACAUAAACUUAGUAUUAGGAUCAAAUUUUAUUUAACAAGAGAUGAAUAUAAAUAUUGAUAUCUAUUAUAGAAACAAUUUGUAUGAACUAAAAAAUAAGACGAAGGCAUUCGGCGUAUGCAAUGAAACUGAUUUCUAGUAGUCGUGACAAUUUUUAAUCUUCGUAUCUUCCUUCAUAAUUCAUAUAUACAAACAAGUACAUUCAUAUACAAAAAAUAAAUAGAUAAAUGCUUCGUUUGGUGCUUCUCUUCUCAAAUUGAUUAUAAAUUGUAUCAAUAAAACCAAUUAUGUUACUACAGAAUACUUACAUCUUAAAAUAUAUUUAUUCACAUAUUGACGGACAUUUAAAUACGCGUAAAAUUUAUUUUUCAUUCAUCCAUCAGUCCCUGAUCCCGUUUUAACCGUGUUCGAAUUUUUAAACAAAUGUAAAAAUAAAUAUUUUUCAAUAACAUUUAAGAAUGGGAA